AGGUAGAAAUAUAAAAGCAGUGCGAAAGAGAAAAAGAGGGUGUAGACGUGUAGCAGUUGAAGAGAAGAAUUAAAAUAGGAGACUCCGCCCAUUGUUCUUCAUUUUCCUCCAACCAUAAUCAUUAUAUUUAUAUUUCUUCCUCUCUCUUCUUUAUUUCUUCAAGUUUAAGCCCUCAAAAUGGAGGCUGCCACUGUGGUUGGAUCUUCUAUGUCUCUACAUCGAACUUCAUGCUCCGCUGCCAGAUCCGCCCUUUUAGUUGCCAAUGGCCCGCUUUUUCCACGUUUCGCUGCUAACCCUCGCUCCUCCUUCCCGAUCAAGCUUUAUUCUUCAGUUUCAUAUUCAAAAUCACGGAAUAGGAGAAUGGGUUUGGGGGGUAGGAGAGGCAUGGUGGUAAAGGCGUCUUCAUCUCCUGACUCAGCUGAACCCAAUGCUCAAAUUGCGCCACUUCGGAUGGAAUCUCCAAUUGGUCAGUUUUUGUCUCAAAUCUUGAUAAGUCAUCCUCAUCUUGUUCCUGCUGCAGUUGAGCAGCAGCUUGAACAACUUCAAACUGACCGUGAUACUGAUGAAAAGAAGGAAGAGCCGUCUGCUUCAGGCACGGAUUUAGUAUUGUAUAGGAGAAUUGCUGAGGUUAAGGCUAAUGAGCGGAAAAGGGCGUUAGAAGAGAUUCUCUAUGCAUUGGUCGUACAAAAGUUUAUGGAUGCCAAUAUUUCCUUGGUUCCUGCUAUAACUUCUUCUGCAGAUCCUUCAGGUCGAGUGGACACAUGGCCUAGCCAAGAAGAUAAGCUUGAGCAGAUCCACUCAGCUGAGGCCCAUGAGAUGAUUCAAAACCACGUAGCACUCAUCCUGGGAAAUCGAUUGGGUGAGUCAACAUCUGUAGCACAGAUAAGUAAACUCAGGGUUGGGCAGGUCUAUGCUGCGUCGGUGAUGUAUGGAUACUUCCUGAGGCGGGUUGACCAGCGAUUUCAGCUUGAGAGGACAAUGAAAGUCCUUCCAAGUGCUUCAGAUGAUGACAAAAGUAGCAUUGAGCAAACUGUGGGGGAUGACACAAGACCUUCUGGUCUAGGGGACUCCUAUCAAGCUGCUUCAUCACACCCUGAAGUCUCAUCAUGGUCUGGUGGGAUCAGUUCUGGAGGUUUUGGUAGUGGGAUAAAGCCCUCUCGACUAAGGACUUAUGUUAUGUCCUUCGAUGGGGAGACACUUCAGAGAUACGCUUCAAUUAGAUCAAAAGAAGCUGUUGGCAUUAUAGAGAAGCACACAGAGGCUCUAUUUGGAAGACCUGAGAUUGCUAUAACUCCUCAAGGGACUGUUGAUUCAUCCAAUGAUGAGCUUAUUAAAAUUAGCUUUGGCGGUUUGAAGAGACUUGUUUUGGAGGCUGUUACCUUCGGUUCUUUUCUAUGGGAUGUUGAAAGCUUCGUGGACUCAAGGUACCACUUUGUUAUGAAUUAACUAAUUUCUAAGCAAACUAAGUAGAGGGGAGUGUGGGACUAAGCUGACUAGACUUAUGGUUUAAAUUGAGUGUAUUUGUGGUGAUUGUUACUUAGUAAUUUGCACUGAAUAUUCUGUACAUAGAUAUGUUUUCCUGUUAGGAACUUGGAUACUUCUGAAAUAUGCUUUAUUGUUCCUCUUUAAUUUACAACUGAAAUGUAUAUAUGCUAUGGUAACUUCUCAGUAGUGA